GACGCGCUGAGUGCGGAGCGACGAGACGCGCUGCAUACCAACAGAGACAUACGGGAGCAGGCUAAUUAAGCUCAAGUGGCGAGUUGCGACUGGUCAGGACGCACAGACCCCCAUCCUGUUCUCUGACAAUAAAAACACAUUUCUGUCAAGUCACUGGACAGUUUCAAUUUUACCUUUUUUUCUCUUCCCAUGUAUUUCCUAAAAUAUUUUCCUUCGCAGCACUGUGAGCCAAACUAAGUGUCUGGGAUAUUUGUUUUUUUUUCCUCUGCUCUGAUAUUUUUCUGGUUGGCAGAGUCUACACAGGAGAAGACAAACAGCUCUCUUCGGUUCCCUCUCCGACGCGGGUCAUCAGAAGGAAAAGUCAACUGGAUAAGACUGAUGUUUUCGUCCAGUCACAUGUAGAAGCGUUGGACUAUUGCUGUUGACAUCCAUCCUCUGGGUCUUUUUUAUACAUAUAUAUACAGAUUCCCCGCAACGGCACCAUAAAGGAGGAAUACCAAGGCUGCAAAAACAAGCAGAAAAUCAAUCAGAACUCCAUCAUGGGCUGCCCCCUCUUGCGGAACGCGUUUGCUGGUUUGAUGCUGGUUCUGCUGUCGAAAGCGUCCAGCGUGCACGGAGGAGAAUUCGGACACCUGCCGGACAACAUUACAGUGUUGGAAGGAGAAAGCGUCACUUUGAGAUGUCGGAUCGACGAGGAGGUGACCCACAAGGCCUGGUUGAACCGCUCUAACAUCCUGUUCACGGGGACAGAUAAGUGGUCGCUGGACAAGCGUGUGACGCUGGCGAACAGCAACAACAGUGACUUCUCCAUCCACAUCGACAAGGUGCAAGUAACCGAUGAGGGGCCCUACACUUGCACCUUCCAGGCCAAUAACAAGCCCCGCAUCGCUCACGUCUACCUCAUUGUCCAAGUGCCGGCCAGAAUCGUCAACAUCUCAAAAAACGUGUCGGUGAACGAAGGAGAGAAUGUAAACCUCUACUGUCUGGCAGUGGGUCGGCCCGAGCCCACCGUCACCUGGAAAGACCAGAAAUAUGGGCUGGUCAGUGAUGGGGAGUUCCUAGACAUCACAGAGAUCAAGAGGCAGCAGGCCGAGGACUAUGAAUGCAUCACCAACAAUGGAGUGGCUCCACCUGAUCAGCGCAAAGUCAAGGUCACGGUCAACUACCCACCCAUGAUCACAGACGUGAAGAACAUGCCAGCCCAUUUGGGUAAGACGGCCAUCUUGCGCUGCGAAGCCAUGGCAGUCCCACCAGCCUCCUUCGAGUGGUACAGAGAUGACCACAGGCCGGUUGAGAGUGACAACACCCUGAGGAUCAAAAACGAGAAGACGCGCUCGCUGUUGCUGUUCACCAAUGUGACAGAGAAACACUUUGGCAACUACACCUGCUUUGCCUCAAACCGUCUGGGGGCUUCCAACGCCAGCAUGCUGCUCUUUCGACCGGGGGCCAUACAGGGCCGAGGGACCGGUUUACAUGCAGGGAUGAGCGUUGGCGUGUGUGUUUGGGUUUCCCUCACUGCUGUUCUUCUGCUGAAGGUGUAAAGAUCGAGAGCGCCACCUGGAAUUGUCCCUAAAUGUCCCUGAAAGCCCCCCUUACCCCUGCGCCCCCCAACCCCCCUCUCUACGGAAGGAAGAAGGAAAUGAAAUUCUUUAAUUACGAACCCAUCACUGUGAACAAAAAGAAUAUGCAUUAUUCCAGGAGCCAUUGAAUCAUUGCAUCAAACACACGACCGCAUUACCCCCCCUCCCCAAUAACCCCCCCCUCCCAAAUUCAAUUUCGAGGUCAAAACCAUUGUCAACAUCUCUUUCUUCUCCCUCUCUCUCUCUCACACUGUCUGUCUCUCUCUUAAUGUCUCCCAGAAUGCCUUGCAGAUUUGUCUGACUUGGUACCUCCCCCCUCACUUUAUUGUCCCCUCAUUAUUACCACCGAGCUGAUGUUGAUAGAGAGUGUAUAUUAACGAUUAUUGUGUCGGUGAUCAAUGAGAAAAAUAGAUAAUCUAACAACUGGACGAUCAUUUAUGUAAUAUACUACAUAGACUAAUGACUGACCUACAAUGUUUGCCUUAUGGAAAUGAUACAUAAAAUCUCAAUAUUAUGGUGGAUAUUUAUGGAAAUUAUAGUUAUAAUGUGGUACUGAUGGUCAUGUGACCUUUUGAAAAUUGUCCAACUGGUGGCCAUGUGUCACCCUCUGAUCACACAAACACACACCCACACACACACACACAAACAUGUAUGGCUUUUUGAUUUUAACUGUGUAGCAGUGAAGCUGCUAUGAAUGAUGUCAAAAUGUAUAAAAAAAAAAAAAGGGUGGGUGGUGACGGCGUCAGUCUUAACUACCCCUUUAUGUAAUUUGGGGGGUUUAUACCAAGGUUUCGCAUGUAGACCCCCUCACUACCCAAACCUUUUUCGCCCCCCUUUUCCCCGCCCCUCUGUUCAACGUGCUCUGUCUAGUCGCCCUUCGCAUCGCUAUAGUGUUCUCUGCUCCGUGUCACCCCCUCUCUUCCCUCCGUCUUCCUCCCCCAGUGUAAAUAUAUGCAGUACAGAGGCCACGCCGGCGACCCCAGGUUGCCUGGCGCAGAACGACAUCUCCCAUCAGCCUCAACUUCGCUCCAGUUUUCUGAAGCAGCAAGAGACUGUCCAGUGACAACAAUAUCUUCUGUUUCAAAGCUGCAGCUCCAUCCUCUUUGUCGCUUGUUGAUAGCAUGUACCGGUUAGAGAUGUUCCUGUUGUGAGUCCAUACUCCCUUCACUCCCUCCCCCACCCCCACCCUUACCCUACCCUCCCUGCACUGUGUCUGUUUUACUCUGCAAGGUUACCUGCUUUUACUUUUUUGGUGUUAAUAAUAGUACAGAUGAUGAUGAUGUUAAUAAGUAUUUGAAUAACUAUGAAUAGUAAUUCCAUGUGAGAAAAAAAAUGAACAAAUCCUGAUGGUAAUGAGCCGUGCGUGGGAAAAAUGAUUUUUGUACUUUACUCUAAGAAGUCACACACAUUGAACAACUACAAUGAAAAAAACAAACAAACAACAAAAAAAAAAAAGACAUGUAAAGUUUUCGAAGUGAUGUGCUCUAUUUUGCCAUGACAAGCUUUUUAAAAACGCAUUUGAAACAGUCUGAGGGAUUAUUUCAUCCAAGUCCAGAGGCAGUGAAUGAUAAUGUAAUUUAUAAUUUGUAACAGUUUAUGUACUGGACUCUUUUUUGUCAUGCUGUUAACUGCAUCACACACACACACACACAUUUACAGCAUAUUUGUCCACUUAUCAUAGUGUGUGUCUCUCUCCGACCAGCUAGAUAAAUGAUUUGGAUCCAUGUCAGUCUCUGAUCGCAGCUGUAAGUCGGUUCUUGUUCGGCCAGACCGCAGGGAGAUAAAGAUGUAAUUAGCCGUUACCUGUGGCUGGCUAAGUGAAGGAGCCUGGGCUCCACCUGUCCCUCCUGCCAGCCAGUGAUGGCCCCCAUAAAUCAAGCUCAAUCCUGCCACUGACAGGAAUCCUCUUCAAGGACAACCUCGCCUUGGUGCAACAGUACUCCCUCCGAUGUGUACCUGUGACAUGCAGGCAUGGGCACUACAAAACCCCUGUGGCACAAUUAUCCAUCCACUACUCCCACACGGCACAAACAGUGGGAGGUAAGCCCAUAUUUCAAUAUGGUGGCACUCGUUCCUCUGUUAAAACACUGUUUCACUCACAUGCAGCGACUAUAUGCAAAUUUGCCAUAACGAGCCUGCACGGAGAGAUGAGUUCACCCCAGCUGAACCCUGACUACUGCGACCUUAAAGGGGAAUUACUCAGUACUGAAUCAAUUGUCUGAAUGUGUUUUUGUUUGAUUCUGUUUCAAACCAGCAAUAACCCCUAACUCUACUGUGCAAGAGGUAUCAGAUAUGGUUAAAGCUGUGGUGUAAUAUCUGAAAAAACUACAUUAACAAGGUAUAUCAAAUAAGUCUGUUGUUGUACUUUUACUGUGUACAGUACUCUGAAAUGAUUGUGAAGCUCUGUUUAAAUGGCCCUUAAUCUAAAACACUACAUGUUGUACUCAAAAAGUCUUGCCCUCUGCGAUGUAGUCGGGUUGUCUGUGUGACAGAACACACUGUUUGUGCAUGCAUCUUGUUGCUCCAAAAAUAAUGACGGAUUCCAUUUCAAGCACAAGAGCAGGUCGUUUGGUCAGUGCUUCUUUUUUUCCUGUCUCAGUCUCUUUUUCCAUCCUCUCAGUAUCUCUGUCUUUCAUGCUGUUUUUAUUUUUCCUAUUUUGUUUCCCACUCAAAUACUGUACACUGUUCCAUGUCAAUGUCCCACUGGGUCUGUCAGUGGCAUAUAACAUCUGUAUGUACAUAAUCUGUCCUUGAUGAAGAAAAACAACAAAAAAUAGAAGAAAACAUCCAAAAAAAAAAAAAAAAAACACGGACAAAAAAAUAACACGCUGUCAUGUUUCUCAAUGUGGGUUUGAAAAAAGCACGUCAAUGUCGUGUAUGGGUGGAUUUUGAAAAAAAAAAAAGAAACAUUGUAUGUUGUGUUCAGAUUUAUGGCUAAUGGGUCCAGAAGGAUGGGAAUUUGGGCAAUAUGACUUGAAAUGGUGGAGUGGUGAUGAACAGAAUGUGGGUAUUUGUACAAACAAGCAGCAAAAGAACAUGUUUUCAUGAGUCAUGAUGUAUAAUGUAAAUGAAUCACACUUCUGGUGUGAGUGAGGAGGACUGGAGAGGGUGUGGGCAAGGAGGCAGCAGAUCCCCUGGGUGCACAAUUUGAGUGUAGAAGAGGAUACUGUUUGAGAGAGAGAGAGAGCGCCCGGUCCAACGGGCCUGUGGGAGGAUACCCUGACAAUGCAAAUCCAAAAGGGAGAGCCAGAGGGAGAUGGGAUGACACUAACCAGACUGUGAACCCUCCAGUUAGGGGGAAGACAGACAGGCGCUCAUAUUGCAUUUCCAAACUUGAGCGCUGUGGUCUUUCCCAGGGGAAGGUGUACCACACACUAUUUAUGGUUUGCACUAUGUAAUAUGAAUAGCAUUAACAUAGCCUUGAUCACAAACACAGUCUGGCCUACUUCAAGUGUAUAAAUAACACCCCAACCGGGGUUCAAUGAGUUUACAGUGAUAUAAACAAGACGUUUGCUCGGCCCCUAAUUGCAUUCGGCGCACCCUGAUGAGAAAGGGUUGAUUGGCUCCUGCAGCUGAAGGUUGUGAUCUGUUUACAGAAUCUUUGUUAAUAAGGUGCAAUGAAGAUGUUUUGAGCUCUCAAAACUAGCGCGCAGUGCCAGUUUACAGUACAUAACACAGUGUUGCACUUUUUUGUUUAUGGUAAAAUUUAAUAAAUGUGCACAGAUGAUGGGUGGAAGAGGAGGUGAAUGUAUAUAGCUUUUUGUUAACAUAGCGCAGUAUUUAGAAAUUGAUUUUAGUAAUAGGGGUUUGUAAAAUACUUUGAAAUGCAUUUAACAGUUUCAGAGCACUGUGCCUUUGCCGAGAGGGGUCGUGUAAUUAAGCUCUUAGGGUGUAGGGACAGAUACUGUACAUCGCUCCUGAGCUGUUGCAGUGAUAUAGUAAAAUAAUUAUGGUGCUUUAAAGCCGAGACUGUAGAAUAGCAAAAGAAGUGUAAGCUGUGGAGAGGGUUUGAAUGUACUGCUUAUUCGCUGGAGCUUUUCCUACAACACCUUCCCUACAUGGAACAGAUCCCGGACCGACUUUCAAUUCAGAAUGCAAUGGUUAAUCAAUACAUUCGACCGAAUGGCUUUGGAAUAGAGCAAUUUCUCCCCGGCCUGCCGUACCAGGUCCCCAGAAGCUAAAUUGAUCAAGUGUCUAUAGACCAGCCUUAGAACAGAGAGCAUAAUUCAUCAUGCCUGAUACAAGACACCCCUAAUUGCGCAUCGAUUUUAAACCCUUCUCUGAAACUAUUUGGGCAAGCUGUAAUGUCAGCUCAGUAAACUAUGUGUUCAGAGCUGCGGUUCAGAUCCAGGGAAUGAAGAAUUAAUCAUUUGUUUUUCUUUUCAAGUCAAUCCGGGCUGGUAUUUGUUUUUGCCACAUAAUAUAGUGUUAACCGUACAUGCUCCCCAGGCUUUUACACCCUAUUUGCAAUUCAGUGGGGGCUGUAAUGUUACAUUAUGCUCUAUUUGUAGUGACAGAGGUGCAACCUGGAUCGUAUCGCCGUUGCCAAUUCCAGCAGCCAUUGACACUGUGUAUCUACAGGCUUAUGCUUGGAUGUAAAAUACACAGAGAUAAGAUGAGAGCGCGCGAUACAACAGUAAGAAAUUAUAUGUAACAGAUUAUAAUUUAAUAAUGUGAGAAACUGCUAACGUUGCUGCACCAGAGUCAAUAUACCAACAGGCUAUGUAUGCAACACAGAGUGACAAUUAUAUAUGAAUGAUUAUCGCCGCUGUAAAUCCCCUGAUCAUGUCCUUUGCAGCAAAGCACGCCUAAUUCCCAUAUAUUAUCCUAAUUAUCCAUUGUUUACCAACUAUCUACAGGCUCAGUCAGUUCUCAUGGGCAAAGUCCAUGUUGCGAGUCUAUUAAGGCCCAGUACGUUUCCAUUACCUAAGGAGUGCAUUAGUGUACAGCAUGCUAGAUGGGACUGUGGUGAGGAAAGACUCUGUACCAGUGAGCAUGAGCACAAUGAAAGGUGUUUGGAAAUGGCAUCAAAAUUGUAAAUUGAAAAGUCAUAUGACAAGAGUGUAGGUCUAGAUUGGGAUUAGUGUUCAUUAAUUGCUUUAGAUAGAUAGAUAGAUAGAUAGAUAGAUAGAUAGAUAGAUAGAUAGAUAGAUAGAUAGAUAGAUAGAUAGAUAGAUGUGUUCAGUCUUAGUAUUUAGUUGAAAGUAGAUAGACUCUUUAUACAUACCAUUCAGUUCAGGUGUUCUGUAUAUAUUUAAAAGCUCAGCUUGCAGCAAAGACGUCAGGCCACAGAGACUCCAGCCUCGCCCUCUUCGUCAGUGUGACCACAGAUGGCGUCUUGUCAAUCACUCACCUCUCUAAGAACAGGAGCGUCUGGCUAAUUAACAGCGUGCUGCACUCCACCAGCUGAGCAACAGCAACGCUCGCGCGGGCCGGGCAACACAAUGGAGGCAUCUCGCCCACCACGUCUCCCCUAGUCAUUAAGUCGCCCACCUCACAUCUCCAACAUAGAAAGAGUCCCAUUACUUGGCCUCUCUUGAAUCACCAGCCCACGCCUGGCAUUUUCCUUGUCAAUCAACCAAGGGGUAAAUAUUGGUUGUGAUGCCGAGAACUGACAGGAGAAACUUGGAUUUCUUUCACGAGUGACAGCACCAACUGGUGUUUUUGUGCUGAUUUAUAUUGCAGUUAUGAGACGGCAGGGCUGCGGCGAAGUCACCGAUGCAGGCUACAAGUGUCUUAUUACUGUGCAAGGUGCGCUGGAGGCUGGGAUACAUGACAGGAUGUAUGAUAGGGGCUGGUCAUGUGCUGUGUGCCUGAAGAGGGCAAUAAGAGUGAGCAGACUGCAGGAACCCUCGCUGCAGAGUAAUGGAAAAUGUCUCAUUUGGAAACUAAUAACAAAUUUGACCAGAAGAGAACCCACCGUGUAUAAUUGAGAGUUGGCUUAGGUUAGUGUUGAAUGUGGAACCCAUCUCCCUCUCUCUACUCUUCUUCGUCUUUUUCUCUCGCUUCACUCUUUCAACACACACACACACACACACACAUUUAGUUCCUGUCAUUCUUCCCGUCCUGUUUCUUUUUGUGUGGAGAUAACCUGUAAAAAGCUCUGCCCUCCCACCCCUCAGUGCUCCAGGUUUGCCCACUCUGCUGUUGCUGAUAUAGACGAUGUGUUGGUGUGUGUGUGUGUGUGUGUGUGUGUGUGUGUGUGUGUGUGUGUGUGUGUGUGUGUGUGUGUGUGUACCUGUGCAUCUAGGUGUGUAUGGAGCUCCACAAUGAGCAUUGAGUAUUUCAAGGGGCUUCUCUUGCGAGCAUCUAGCGGUAUGCGUGUGUGUUUGUAUAUUCUCUGAGCUGCACACAGGGCAGGCAUGUUUGGUUCAUUCAUAACACAGACCUGAAUUACAGGCAUUAUUACAUUUCUCAAGAUCUCAUCAAUGUAAACACACAAGACAGAAAAAAAACCACAAUGAAAGGAACAAAACAUUUGUCUUCCACCCUGACAGAUGUUCAGUGCUGUGAAGCAAUGAUUGUACUUCUUUUUUGAUCCGUUUAGUUGCUGAACUUGUCUUCUUUGACUUUUAUUUUCAGUGUGUUUUUCUUUUCUUUUCUUUUCUUUUUCUUUUUUUUUUUUUUCAAAAUCCAUGAAGUGGAGUUAAAAAUCAUAUCAAGUGGAG